AUGGCUGCGCCCGGCCACAACCGCUAUGCGAUGUUCGCUAGCGCAGACGGAAACGCAACCCCCGUGCGCAGUGCCGCUGUUGAUCCCGCUCAGAAUCCGUUUCUUAAUCAGGUCGCCGAUGACUCCAUACCGUGGCAAGAGGUGAGGAAGCGUGGCCCUACCGCAACACAAUCGGCGCUACCAGUUCGCCCACUUCCGCAAGUUGUGAAGGACCGCACCAAAGCUAUUCUCAAUCACCCUCUCGCUCACCGAGAGCGAGACCGGGCCAUCUCAGGCUCAACAGACAACGGCAGCGAGAAGGCAUACGAUCCACACGAGAACUGGUGUGGUGUCUGCUCGCAUAAGUUUCUCAACAAGGCCGCAUUACUCAGUCAUAUCAAGCACAACACCGGGCACGAAAACUACUGCAACCUUUGCAAGCGCGUCUUUGUAGACCGCAAUGGUCUCAAGAACCAUGUCGACCAUUCAUGGAACCAUGAUACCUACUGCAACCUCUGUCUUUCUGCCUUCAAGGAUGAUUGGGGUCUCAAGAACCACUUCGAGAACAACUACAGUGUUGGACAUGAGUUCGUGUGUCUCACCUGUCUGCUUGGCUUCAGAACCCGCAAUGAGAUGGAGCGCCAUCUCCAGACCGCUCUGAAGCACACAUGGUGCGCAACAUGCCAGCGCCGCUUCCGUAACCAGGAUGAGCGCGAUGCGCAUUGGCAACAGACAAUCAAACACAAGCAUUGCCUGCAGCCAGGCUGUGAUUUCGAUGGCCCGGAUCAGGCCGCACUCACACAGCACCUCAAAUGCGAUCAUUUUCAGUGCGAAGGCUGCAAGCGCGUACUUCCGAGCUUGACGAAGCUCAAUCAACAUUAUGAGAGCUGUUCUUUCGCACUCGCCUGUCCUCAAUGUGGCGACCACUACGCCGGAAAGGCUCAAUUGGCCCUUCAUCUCGAGCACUGCUUUCUCUGCGAGGACUGUGGCUACCGCACACACCACGAGGGCAACUAUCACAUUCACAUGACGAAGCACAGCUCCGUUAGCAUCGGCUGCUGGGGUUGCGACGCACCGAUGCGCACCUUCUCCAGCCUUGUCAACCACCUAGAGUCAGGCAAGUGUCCCAAACUUGCCGACCCAGCGCUUCUCAUGCGCUGUCUCGGUAAAUGGUGGUAUUCACCGCUUUACAUGGAUCUCGAUAUGCAUGCAUCCAUUCGGACUGGCCGCGUCGACAUCCACGAAGUACAGCAUUGGUCAACCGCUGGUAUCAUACACCCAUUCAUGUGCCGUGAUGAGGAAUGUGGAAAGGUUUUUGGUCAUCUCAGCUCGCUGGUGUUGCAUUGCGAGAGCAAGGCGUGUGGCUGGGAUGUUGAUCGCUUGAACAUGCCUGGGCUAGAGAAAGAGCUCAAGCUGACGUGCCUUCGGAGGGAUAGCGCCACUGGCUAG